CUUUUGACCUUGUCAUGUUUUUGAUCCCGAAGGGGGAAUUAUAAAUCUCUCUCUGAAGCUUGGCCAUAUUUGGACCCAGAAGGAUGGUCUGUUUUGAAGAGCUACAAGCUGAAGGAGGAAGUUGUUUUCCCACAUCACGCUGCUCUUUAGCUGCCGCUGAUUGGUCAGUAAGAAGGGAGAAACCGGAUGUAGUAAUAUUAGCUCGUAGCUAAGCCCUGCUAGAAAAAAAACGAUGUAAAGUUUAUGUUAAACAAGUGUAAAAUUGAUUAUUCAGACUCUGCUCUUCGCGAAGAGACCGCCUCCAAGUGUUUGUUUCGAGUCGCUCUGAUUAUUUCCAGUCGGAGUUUGCGGCACAGGAUGUAAUUAGCCGUUACUAGGUACCUGAAUGAACCGUUAGCUUCCGAGGAUCUAAAGCAGCUAACAGCGGAGACUUCAUUAGUCCCUAGUGGAGCUUUUUCAGUUUAUAGUUUAGUAUCUAAAACUGUCCACACUCUGAGAUUAUGACACCGUGCGGAGAAGACCACAUCAUUUGUGGACACCUCGUCUAACCUUGUUAAUCUGAGGACUGAGAGACUGGAGACAGUAUCCGAGUGGACCCAGAACCACUGUCCAAGCACAUGCUUGUCUCCCAUUCCAGUUUCGGCAGAAAAAAAUACCCUAAAGAUGCCCGCUCUAUGACUGAAACCCUGCUCUAAUAGAGCAUGUGAAGGUUGUAAACGAGGGUUGUGAAAAGGAGAAUCUCAAGUGGAGUGAGGAUGUCUGAGAUAAUUAAGGUUGAAGCAGGUGAACCUGGAGGGAUCAGCUUGGAGCCUCCAAUUUCUGCAGGAUCCACAUCAGAACUGGAGGAGGAAACACAAGACAGCAAAGACAUCAUCCAGCAGAUUGUUGUGAUUAAAGAAGAGGUUCCCCACAGCUGGAACCCCAGUUUGGACCAAGAAGACACAGAGACCCCAGAUAUGAAGGAGGAAGUGAACAAACUGUGGAUCAACGAGGAUGGAGAGCUCCAGAGUGAAAAUAAAGAGGAAUCUCAGUUAUUAGAGGCUUCAAGCAGCAGCUCAGCUAAGACGAAAACAGAACCUAAUGGAGAGGACUGUAGAGAACCAGAACUUGACAACAACCCAGAUCCAACAGGUUCCACUCAACAAAGUAAGAUGUUGGUUCCAAAAAGAGGUAAAGUAUCUAAACUGAAUUCAACACUUAUGGCUCAAAUAGGAAUCCAUGCAGGAGAGAAGCCGUUUAGUUGCAAAAUUUGUGGCAAAAGAUUAAAACAUUUGACUUCAAUUAAACUACAUCUAAUGACACACAAUGGCAAUAUAGAACAUAUCUGUGAUUUUUGUGGGAAAGGGUUUAAAGAAAAGAGUUCUCUUCGGACACAUAUAAGACUUCACACAGGAGAGAAACCAUUUGCUUGUGAUAAUUGUGGUCGAAGGUUUCACGAAAAAGCAAAACUUAAAACACACCUGAAAGUCCACUCAGUAGAACAGCCAUUUUCUUGCGAUGUUUGUGGCACCAGAUUCAAACGAAAGGAAAAUAUAAAAAAGCACAUGAGGAUUCACACGGCAGAGAAACCCUUUGUGUGUAGUGUUUGUAGGAAAAGAUUUUCGCGACAAGAAACUCUAAAGAGACACAUGCAUGUUCACACAGGAGAGAAACGGUUUAUGUGCAAUGUUUGUAGCAAAGGAUUUGCUCUGAAACAUCACCUCAAGAACCACAUGGAGGUUCACACUGCUCCGUUUAGCUGUGGGGACUGUAGCAAGUGUUUUGUAAAUGAAAUCCAGUUGGAGCGACAUGUGAGAGUCCACUCAGAGGAGAGGCCGUUUGGGUGCGACAUCUGUAAAACCAGAUUUUAUCAAAAGUGUCAGCUUGAAAAUCACAUGAGAGUCCAUUCAGGUGAGAAACCGUUUGUGUGCACUGUUUGCAGUAAAGCAUUUUCCCGACUUGGAAAUCUGAAGAAACACAUGGAGGUUCACAGGGGCUACAAGGAAUGAUUAACACGAUGGCAAUCUAAACAGUCAGUAUUUUUCCAAUCAGUCUACGGCCUCUGCUUUCUGGGGCUGCUGGUAAGUGCUAAAUUACAUUAUUUCACAUUUUUGAUGUCAAAUUGGCUAUUCAAAGCUUAAUGAUUUGAGUCCCUGCUUUAAUUAGAUCAAUUCAACCCCCUUUUUUUCUUAGCUAUUCAGAGUUGGAUUUGCUGUUCUUUUUUCUCUGGAUCAUUGCUCAUGUCCAUAACUCAAACAUGUUUGGACUUGGGGUCAUGAUUUGAAAGCCAAUCGGUUUCUGGUAAAGAGCAAAUUUUCUGGCUCCAUUAGUUUUGCCAAGUCUUCCAGGCAAAGAAGCCCAACUUCAUCACACUGCCACCACCAUGUUUAACACUCAUUUGUUCAACUCUUUUCCUGAACAUAUCUGGAAAAUACCUUGCUGGACAUCCUGCCGUUGUUCCCUCCAUUUUAAAAAAAUUGGACAUUUAAUUGCUUGCGCGAAUGAAACAUUUGUGUGAUGCUGAAGUAAAUUAUAACACAGCGAAUGUGUAUCCAGUUACAAGUACACUUUAGGUUUGCGUGUGUCAGGGUUCAUCUUCCUCUGAAGCAGAAGACUUUCUCAGCAUUCCUUCUGUAAAUAAGUUAACAGACAGUAUUAGGAGCUGUAGGACUUCAGCUUUACAAUAAUCCAGUGUUUAAAAUUCUGAAAACAAACUCAAAACUUUUAACAUUUGUUUUGCAUGUAAUUAGUACAGACAAAACAAUGUUUCCUGGAAGUUUACGUACAUUUUAAAAUCUCAAGGAGGCAUUUGACAACAGGAAAUGGAUUAGCGUAAGCAUGGUGAUGAGGCAUUUAUUAUUUAUUAUUCAGGUUAAUUUACAAAGUUUUUAUUUUCUAAUGGAUUGUAAAUAAUGUAAAUAACUUCAUUUUACUUGUCAUCCCCAAGAACAGUGCUUCCCCAUCUCAUUUCCACUUAUUUUUCAGGUAUUGGCAAAAGGUUUGAUCAAGUUUUAUUCAGUCUGAAACAUAAAAAUAAGGUACAAUCAGGGCAAAAACAACAGUUUUGUUCAUUUAAACAAAUUGGUCUCAGCAGACGUGCUCUGAAUUAUCAGUUUAAAUACUUACAAAACUUCCUCUGGGAUUUUUGGUAAUGCCAUUGGAACUGUGAGUACUCCCUCUUUUGGAUGCGUAAAGUAUUUUUUGUUUAUGAAUUGGGUAGAUCAGAAAUUAAAAUGUAUUAGUUGGAACUAAAACGUGCCUCAUUUCUUUUAUAAAUAUGAUCACUCCAAUUGUCUCUUCUCACUACAACUUUGCUAAUGUUUGAAGCUUGUUCAUGUCUGGUUUACUCAUCGCCAAAUUGGUCAGCCUUUCAGGUUUUGAUUUUUAGUAAUUUUUACUAUUAUUAUUUUUUAUUUUAUCUUAAGUAAAAGAUGCAAUUGUUUUGGUGCCAUUUAUUUCAUUUUUUCCCCCUAAAAUCUUUAUUUUUGGUCACAUUUUUCAUUCUUAUUAUUUUGGUUUUUCUCAAAUUUAUUUUAAUAUGUAAAAAACAGUGUUAGAAAUUAGCAGCUGUGCUUCAGACCUUUAAAAAAAAGUUCAGAGAACACUGUGUUCCACCUUUGUGGGAAAUGAUUCCAUAGGAUAAGUGAACUAAAGAGGCCUCGAAGUCAUGGGUGUUCACCGAAUACUACUUUCUUUGUUACACGUUGUACUAAACGACGUAUACAGAGUAAUACGUUGUGAAAUAUGUUAAAACUUAUCUAAUAAACAUUUUUCAAAGCUGUUUGAACUGAAUUGAAUUCUUUAAUUGUUGGUCAUUGAAAGUGUCUUGAGUAUUUUCAAAAGA